UAUAGCUCAGUGCUUUCCAAGAUGGCGGCCAAUGCAAGCGGCGAAAAUGACAUCUCUUCUGUUAAUAUCAACUUUUAUAACGUUACGGUAAGUUCCAUUUGAUUGGAUUUAAAUUGCAUAUCAUCUAUGAUAAAUAACCAUUGAAUAUUUCAUAUGUUUAGCUAAUUACAGUUGGCGUUGUGGUUGUUUUUUGUUCAAUAUGCCUGCUUGUGUUUUUGGUUCGAAGAAACCGCUCCAAAGGUCAGUGAAUUUCGUGUUCUGCUAACUGUCAAUCUAGUGUAGCUACUAACUAAUCUUAUUCCAAAAACCUAAGCUAGUUAUAUAAACUGCAUAGCUCAUAGAUUUUACUGAGAGAUGGAUAGAGCUGCAUAGAUCAUGUUUUAAAUCUAAUCUCCUGCCGGGCAAAUUGUUUUGAAAAUAAAACACGUAUAUUGAUUUAAUAAUUAUGCAAAUUCAAGUGGUAUUGAUAUAAGCACUGCUUUGCUACCGGUGUAGACUUGGUUUUGAAAUUUGAUCUUCCUGUCACCAUUUUUUGUCGUCUUUAUAUAGGAGAACAAUUUUUGUUGACUAUUUGUUCCACACUUGUUGAACUAUUUCAAAGUACAGUUUCCAAGAAAAUUAUGAACACUAGUUUCCCAGAAUGAAAUUUGGUUGCCAUGAGAUCUAGUUUUGCUUUCACAUAUUAGCAAAUUCUGAAGCAAAUGAUUGCAAUAAGGACUGAUUGCAUCAACAUUAUAAUCUUACGUUUUUCUUUACAAAGUUGUGUAGUGCUGAUUUCAGCUGAGAAUCAAAAUGAAAAGUAACACUGCAUUCAUAUGAGACAAAAAGUUUUCCCGUGUACCGAGAUCGCGCUUGUUGACAGGCGAGAUCUCGGUGACCGGGAUAAUGGUUUUCCCAUAUGAACACAACUUUCCCGCUUAGCGGGAUAACUUUCUGUCGUGUCAGCAACUUUUUAAUUCAAUUGAUGUUCAGUGCCACGUCACAGCCGAAAACUUUACGCGGUAAGCGGGAUAAAGUUUCUCCAUAUGAACAGAACAAAAGUAUUGGGCUAGUCAAAAAGUUUUCUUGUUAACCGGGAUAACUUUUGCCCAUAUGAACAGGCCCUAAGAAGCAAACAAUUUUGUGUAGCAAUUAAUUUCUGGCAAGAUACAUCGCCGAGGUGUGUAGCAUUAAUUAGACAAUAUACAGUUCUGCUCAUAAAUACUACCUAUGUAUAAACCAAAUGUUUAGCAUAUAUGCAUUUCAAUUGCAUUACCAUCACAUUCUAAAUUGCAUUUCAGUAGAACACUUUUAGAAUUUUCUAAGUAAGAUCAUCUGACAUGAAGGCCCGUUUCCGCUCAGGAAAAUUUUCUGCAGAAAGAAAAUUUUGUAAAAUGUGAUUGGUCGACACAAAUUUUUCGUCAGAAAAAAAUUUUGAAGUUGGAAAUUUUUUACUUUUAAUUAACAAUAUUUUCGGAAAAGUUUCUGUCCAUGGAAAUUUUUCUUGAGGGGAAAUGGUCCUUUAGACAUCUGUCUGUUCUGGGUGCAAUGCCAUUAAAAGGGUUAACAUACAGUUAUUACUGUAUGUGGCAAAGCGAAAUAAAUAAUAAGUAAAUAAUUAUUAUGACACAUAUUUUAGGAGACAAGUCAAGCAGCGCAUCUGGACAGGCCAAGCCGAGGUUCAGAAAAAGAGACAAGAUGAUAUUCUAUGGCAAGAAAAUGCUAAGAAAGGUUGGUUAACAUAUGACCGACCAGAAAGCACAGAAAGUUAGAAGGAAUAUAGUGAUAGGAAAUAUCAUGCAGUGUAUAUAGAAUAAAGUAAAGAAUGAAAUGUUUCCAAAUGGUGUUCUUAAACUGUUGUCAAGGCCAAAAAAAUGCCUGGAUUAUUUGUUUUUUGUUGGUGUUGGUGUAGGUAGAGGUUUUUCUUUUAUUUGUAACUUUUUUAUAAACGUUCAUGUGUGACAAUGAUACUUUUUAUCAGUACAGAUAGCACAAACAUUUGUAAAAAAAUAUAUCAGCUUUGAAACAAACAGGUUAGACUUUCUGUGAACAAGCUUUCAUUGGAUGCAACCACCUGAAAAUAUAUAAGGAGAAUUUCAAUGUUUUGAGUCCGGUUCCCGACCGACCCUAUUUUUUUCUGCCGACCCUAUUAUUUUUUCAACGCGAUUGACUGUGCGACCCUAUUUUCUCCAGGUGGUUGCGGGUUGCUCAUACAGCAUGCCAAAAUGGCAGCUGUUGUCACACUAAUUAUUGAACCAAAUUGCCUAAAUUCGUCCAUAGGAAAUACGCAUCUCUAGUUUAAUAUUGAUGUCAGGACUCUACUGCAAAUCGCCCAGCAAAAAACCGCCAAAACCAUGAAAAAAAUAUUUAAAAAAAAAAUUUUCGACCUACCGACCCUAAUUUUUUCACGAUAUGAAACCGGAACCACAGGUAUUUUUUUUUACGCCUAAGGUAUAUACAAUAUCAUUGAUGCCGGAGAAACGUCAGGCCUAGAAAAUAUUCUUGCUGGCAGCAAAAUCCCAAAAUAAAAAUUUCCUGUUUAAGUCAAAUGUAAAAUUUUCUGCAUAGGUAGAUUUUCAGAGAAGUGCGCCCCCACCCACGGUGAUGACCCUGCACAAGACAAUUUCGAUUUGCAAAACACUUUUGGAAUUUUUAAACAAUAAACAAAUUAUAUGGCAAUAUAGAACUGAGAUGACAAAAAUUUUUCACAAGAUGUAAGAAAAAUUUCCCACAAAGAUAUUAAAUUGUUAAAAAACCAUAAAAUAAAGAUUUCUUUUAUAUAAUAUUUUCAUGCAGUUUGAUUACAAAAUUUCCAUUGUAAGUUAUCACAAUGACAGUCACCGACCUCUUUUCCAAAGUGACAUUGAAAAACUGGCAUCUUAAGGUGGCUCCCUACAGUUAUUCUUGUUUAAGCAAUAAUUCUGUAAAACAGGCUUAUUCGUGCAGAACGCGAAUUCUUUUCGACUUGGUGGCAAUGUUGGUCACCUAAGGAACAUUUUAAACUAGAUUUCGACAACAUCAAUGUUCCCAUGGCAACAUGACGACAGCAUAAAGCCUUCCAAUUUAACCCAUAAAUGUGCCGCUAUCUCAAAAACGAUGUCGGUGACCUAUCUUUUUUAUUUCAUAUAUCAAUAAGGAAUGAUGCUCUGCAACUGUGGUGAAAGUUUAAAAAAAUUCUGUAGUGUGUGAUUUUUUUAAAAGCGAAAAAUUUAUUGUGAAAUUUCCACACUACAGAUUUUUUUAAAAUUUGAAAUUUAUCAAAUUUACCGCAAAAUAAAUUCGUGGUCAAAAUUUGAAGAUAGGUCACCGAUGAAACUAAUGAGUAAAAUGCAAAUAAAGUUAGAAAAUAGCCUCGUGUAACUCGAGAAAUUCCCCUAUUGACCAGACUGCAGAGUACGGCAAGUGCACACCCGAGAUUUUUUUUGGCCAAUGGUAUUGCACACUUAAACAUAUUUCAAAUAUUUUCCAGUUUUGUCAGGCAUUAAAAUAAGGACUUCUAAGACAAGUGUAAUAUAACAACCACCUGAAAAUCGGGAACGCUGAUUGAUGGGCACAAAUGAAAAAUGUCCAUUAAAGUUUUGAAUUUCUAUCUACAGCAGAGUUUUGCGAUCAUCAGGUUGUUAUGAUUAAACAAAACCGUAUAGCAUGUAAGCAUGGGCACAAGAGAACUUUUAAUUGGUCCGAUUUCCUCGAGGCGCCACCAUGGUUGGCGCCGAACGGAAAAUUUUUGAAAUUUGGAGUCCCUACAUUGUCGGAAAUGGCAUUUUCGAGUGCACAUUUUCCAUUUGCAACUCAAUUACAAGGACAUGCACAUUUUCCUUUUACAGGACACAAAGUGUGUCAAAAACACGUUAUUUUGUACGUGUUCAUAAUGACUUUUAACUCCGAUCGAAAUAUAUAUUCUUGUUUGUUCUUCAGAAUUUGGACCACGUUUUAUUUUCCUGAGAGGCAGAAAUUUUAGUUAUUUGUACAAAUAAACAAUCAUUGUUUAAUAUCAUUAAAACAUGUAGCUAUUUACAAGUGCACACUUGACUACGUUAACUGAGGAUUGCACACUUGCACACCUGAAUUUUUGUCUUGCACACCCGAGAUCUCGUCGAAAACUGCCAUACUCUGCAGUCUGGCCUAUUGAAAAGCGUCGCUGACUAGUAAAAGAUUGUACGCGGGCGCAGAACGAGUUUUCAUUCAGCAAAAUCCAGCCGCAAUGUUGUUUUUACUGUUUUGUUUUUGACAACUUUUCGAUUUAUUUGAGUGCUAUGGACAGCCAAGGAUUAUUGUGAAAGAUUAAAUCGAUGAAAACAAGGUUGAAGCUAAUUGAAUCCUGCCGUUUACUCACUCUAUGAGCUGUAACAGCCUAUUAACAGGUGGACGUGUUUUUUGUUUCAUGUUUGGUUUUGUACUUUUUGCUAAAAAUGAACAAUUAGGCUAUGAAACUGAAAUAUUUUUCUGUUUACAUAUAAUCACUUUAAUCUUGUAGAAACACGACUAAAAACGUGAACGUUUUCUUGAGAAGUAAACAACUUUUUAAACGUUUGUAUGCAAUUUUGCAAAUGUUUUUAAUACAGUUGAGUCAGUUGACAGUGUAUAAAAAAAAUUAAAAAUAUUGUUUCGUAUCUAUUUUUUGGUCUAGUGAUAUUCGAAUCAUACGUAGAAUCGCUGUAUAGACUCGCAAGUGAUUUGGCACUCAAAACGAAGUAUUAUUCAACGCUUUUUUCCAUUAGAGACCUUUCAGAAAUAGCUUUAUUUUUGAGGAAAGCAUGGUUAAUUUUUGUUUUGUUUUGAUCAUGCAGUUGCGUGGGAUAGUUCACGUACUUGUCCCGCGAACAUCCCGCACGGAACUGUAGGGAGCCUCCUUAACUUCUUCUACCAUUUCCAUGUAAAUGGUAAACAACCAAUAUCACAGAUUAGAUACUAUCUGUGGGCGAAUAUUCACCCUUAGAUCAUUUUCACUCCAUCUGUAAAAAACAGGGUUCGUAAAAAACUUGAAUGUCCUUGAAUUUGUAAAGAAGUACUUUGAAAGUCAUUGAAUUUUUCUUGAUUUAGUUUAUGGAUAUUUCUUGAAAUUGUUUGUCAUUCAAAACAGACAUUUUGUUGAAUUGAUUUUGCAUGUUCAUAUCUGAUAAAGCUGUUUGAAACUCAUUGAAGUUGCGUUUUGAACAAUUCAACGUCAGAUUUACUGAUUUCUAACCCCUUCGGUAUUUAGUCCUUGAAUUUGCUGAUACAUGGCCUUGAAAAGUCCUUGAAUUUGACACUCUCUGACAUGUACGAAGCCUGAAAAACUUAACGCUUCUACUGUACUUUCUGUUCUGAUAUGCUCAAAAUCUUGAAUAUUCACCCAUGAUAUAUAGUUUACACUGGUAUCACCUUAUAUAUAACCACUGAUUCCUGCCAGAGGUCUACAUUUAUGGUUGUGAUUUUCGUUCAACAUUUCCAUCAACAAAAGUGCUAAAACAUCGAGGCUUAUUAAGCUAUACCAUAGAUGCAUUAAACACUUCAAUAACCUUCUAAGGGCCUGUUGUUAUGGGCAAAAGUUAUCUCGGUUAGCGAGAAAACAUUUCGACAAGGUCACAAGGGAGAUCUCUCCUUGUUAUGAAAAUAAUAUGAAGAGUUACACUGCGUUCAUAUGAGACGAAAAGUUUUCCGUGUACCGAGAUCUCGCUUGUUGACAGGCGAGAUCUCGGUGACCGGGAUAAUGUUUUCCCCAUAUGAACACAACUUUCCCGCUUAGCGGGAUAAUUUUCUGUCGUGUCAGCAACUUUUCAAUUCAAUUGAUGUUCAGUGCUACGUCACAGCCGGAAACUUCACCCGGUAAAUGAGGUAACGUUUCUCCAUAUGAACAGAACAAAAGUAGUUGGCUAGUCGAAAAGUUUUCUUGUUAACCGGGAUUACUUUUGCCCAUAUGAACAGGCCCUAACUAAGGGGCUGCUUAUAUGGUUCCACCAUGGAUAAUAAAAUAAAUGGUUAUGAAACUAGCUGACGUGACCUAAUGUUUUUACUGGGAUUGAUGGCGUGGCUGGGUGCCUCAACCUAGUUGAAAACCAAAUUCUCAAAAACGGCAUGUUUAGCAAUAAUACAGCUAAACAUUUUAGUCAAAGAGCAAAUAAAUGUAACCACGCCAUUCUACGAUGAAAACUCUAAGUAUUCCCAGUCAAUUUUAGCAAAUAUUUCAAGCACUAAACAAUGAAAAAUACAUCGCAAAUUUCGCAAAAAUUUGUGACGCCAAUUUCGUAGCUACAAAUGUAAAAAAAUACAAAACAAAGACGAAAAACAUUUACCUUGAAUACUUUGUCGUGGCUUAGGCAUGUUUUUAAAACAAUUAGACCAGUUUACGCUUCAAGAUCACCCUUUUAAAGUGGAAAAUAUAGCAAAACAACAAAAAUGCCGAGAACUUUGGUAACAUUCGCAAUACGCGUGACGUCACGUUUUUCAACAAGGAUGCAGUCAAUGACGUCAGAAGUUUCCAAUCCAUUUAUUUUAUUAUCCAUGGUUCCACUGACCCGGAAUUCAAUGAAGUGUGACGUAUUUUGAGCAAUUGAAAUACGUGUUUCAGCCCUAUAAGCAAAAGUUAGAUAACUUUAAAUAAUGUUUAAACAAAAUUAGGAACGCGCUAGAAGUUAUGUAGUGGAAGAAGACGAGUAAUAGCAUUCGACAACAUUUGUUUUUUGUCUAAAACAUGGAAUUUCAUACCAUUUUCUAACAAGCAAUUUCGUUAGAUCAUGAAGUGUGACUUAUUUCAAUUGCUCAAAAUACGUCACACUUCAUUGAAUCCCGGGUAAGCGGGACCAUAUAAACAGCCCCUAAGGGGCUGUUCAUAUGAGCCCUGCUCUGCCAGGCUGGUUUUCAAGUGCCGAGAUCCCGCCUCACAUAUUGUUUGUAUAUUAAUUUAGGAUUGGGUUCAUAUGAGAACCGGGCCAGCCCGGUUUGCCGGGAUCUCGCUUGAGCGAGGCGAGAUCCCGGCUUGCCGGGCUCAUGAAUGCACAACUGGGCUAGCCCGGCAAGCCGGGCUGGAAAUUUGCGUGCUUUAUUCUACUGAUAAACAGUCUAAAAUGUCCAAAACUAUAGGAAUUUAUUGAAAUUAAACCUCCUGAAGCUGUUGCCGUCGGCAAAAAUAAAAUUUUGUCAAAUAAACACGAAUUUUAUUUUCCCGCUAAAAUAUCGCGGGAAAUCGUUACUAUGAAUAGAUAUGAUUGCCGGGCUAGUCCGCCUCAUGUGAAAGCAAAGCGGGCCAGCUCGGCAAAGCGGGCCAGCUCGGCAAAGCGGGCCAGCUCGGUUAACCGGGCUCAUAUGAACAGGCCCUUUGAAGGAUUGAAAUGUUCUUCAGGUAGUUAAAGCAUAUUUCACAGCAGCAAACUGCUCUACAAUAUAGCCUUGAACUGUUUGUGCCAGUGUUCACACGUAAAAACGACCAAGUUGUAACAAACCUGCAGCAGAGUUGCAGCAAUUCUGUUCCAACAACUUGUCAACAGGAUGUGUUCGCACUGCUUGUUAAUUCCCAGCUUGUUGACAAGUUGUCAACGGCUUGUUGACAACUUGCUAGUACAAGGUUGUUGAGCUCAACAGACCUGUUGCAAGUUGUUCCAACAACUUGUUAUCGUCCUGCAAUUCAACAACUUGUCAACAAGUUGUGAGUGACAACCUUGUAGCAACUUGAUGAAAUAACAACAUUGUUACAACUUGUUGACAAGCUUGCUACAAGCCUGUUGCGAAUUACACAUCUUGUUAACAAGUUGUGAGAUUUUUACGUGUGUAUGUAGCUUGUGUCAGGGCCUAUUCUAAGGAAAUUUUAAUACUGCACACUUCAGAGCAUGCAGGUGUCACCAGUGAUGUCAUCUUUGAAUUGUUAUGUUUUUAAAAAGAACAUAAUGACAAUAUACAGGGUGUUUUCAACAAAGUAAAUCCUUUCAAUUCAAGUCAACCAUAACCUAUUGUUACACAGUAGUAAUUCGCUAAUGCGACACAAAUGGAAACGUCGUUCCCACGCUCUCUCUUGUGGAGGAAAGAAGUAUACCGGCUUUUCUGGACAUGAAAAUAUUGAAUAUUGUAAUUAUUAGUGGAACUUGACUUAUAUUUGGCCAAUAUUUGUUUGUGCCUUCGCUCAUUUUGUUGCAAAGGCAUUUUGGAAUUCUCGACUUUAUAUUUCAUCUACGUCGCUCCUUCAGCACAUCUAAUACAAAGUUGAAAUUUAUUUCAAACUUUAGAUUUCAAUACUGCGCACUUUCGCAUUCAAUACUGCACACUUUUUAUUCAAUACUGCACAAAGUGUGCAAUACUGCACACUAAAAUAGGCCCUGACUUGUGUGUUAGUGCCAACAAUUUUAUAUGAACAAUCUUUCGUUGGUAGAAAUGCAGCUACCUGAAAAACAUAAGGAAAAUCUCAACGUUUCAAGCGAAGGCCCUUUGUCUGGAGUUACAGUAACUCCAGACGAAGGGCCGUCGCUCGAAACAUCGAAAUUCUCCUUAUAUUUUCAGGUAGUUGCAUUCCUAUCAACGAAAGCUUGUUUCUGCAAUAUACUGUAGCACUCAUGUCAUUGAUUUGUGUUUAUUUAAGGUGCGAGACACGAGAGAUGAUAUUUACCGCAAGAGCAGAAUAAAGGCACGGCAGAAAGUCAUGUUGAAUUUUGCUAAACAGUAAGUGAUAUAUCUUUUUGUUUUAUUAUCUGGUGAUGAUUUCACAGCCUCAUAUAUAAAGGGUCAAAUAUAUGAUAGCGCUAUGCACAGAAUAGUGAUACAUGUAUUUUCAAUCUUCCUAAAAAUGAUUGAAAAGCCGUAAAACAGCAGUUACAGGUAGGAACGUCGCAAUCAAUAAGAAGAAGUUUUAAUCUAUAAAUUGUUAAUUUUAAUCCAUUAUUAUUGUCGAUUUCAUGACACUUUUCAACGCGCCGUUCCCAAGUUCGUUGCGAACUUGCCAGUUACGUUUCCAAGUUCGGAAAUUGGGCGCGAACUUCGCAACAAAGUUCGCAAGUACAUUCCAAUGUUUGAACUUCGUUUGUAAACAAAUGUUCAUACUCGAUAAUAAUAACUAAUUCAAUGAAAUACAAAUCAAACCUUCUUGGUAGCCCACUGGACCAAGAACUUUCCAUUGAAUUGUUAAUUUCAACUUGAACUAUGAACGUUUGUUUACAAUAUAGUUCAAACACUGAAAUGUACUUCCGAACUUUGUUGCGAAGUUCACGCCCUAUUUUUGAACUUGGAAGCAUAAUUGCAAGUUUGCAACGAACUUGGGAACCGCGCGUUGAACAGUGACUUGAAAUCGACAAUAAGUUGCAUUAAGUACAUGAACUUGUGGUUAGAGCUCGACAACUGGCCUCUGUAGCUCAGUUGGUUAGAGCGCUGCACCGGAAUUGCAGGACCUCAGGUACCAUUCCUGCCAGGGACCUAUAGUUGCAAUUUUCGCAACUGUUCCUGGUUAGGUCUGACAAAUGUAUAUAAAUUUCCACUCGAUAAGUUCCACCUACGAAACCCUUCAAUUAUCUGCCCAUAUAUCUAGUUAGUCCAACAUAUUAUUAUUAUGUUACUUUAUUAUUUUACUGUGUCUAAUGCCUGCAGAUGAUUUUACUCGUCAAGAGGAGAGUGCUGGCGACGCCCAAUAGGUUAAUCUGGGUUACUCCAACCAACAGCUGAUUUUACAAAACUUGAAAAAAUGCAAAAUGAUCGGUCAUAACGUUUACAAUGGACGUCAAUGGAUCUAUUCCCUAAUGAACACAAUUUUGAUCUAAACAGGUCUAGACAAACAUUUCAUCACAGCUUGAAAGAGCAUCACAAAAUUAGUAAUGUUCCGAAGUUUCGUUGCGAAAUGUUGUAAAAUGCGGAUAAUAUAGCACUGCGAAGUUUGCUGUUUUUCAGUAAUUUUGUAUUACGCACGGGAAAUUGAUACCGCUUUUGGAAAAAAGGUAUCAAUUUCCCGUGCGUAAUACAAAAUGACUGAAAAACGGCAAACUUCGCAAGGUUAUAUUAUCCGCAUUUUACAACAUUUCGCAACGAAACUUUGGAAUAUUACUAAUUUUGUGAUGCUCUUUCAAGCCGUGAUAAAGCUUUUCUCUAGACUUGUCCAGAUCAAAAUUUUGUUCGUUAGGGAAUAGGUCCAUUGUAUACGGUAUAUAAGUUUUUAAGACCGUUUUCCACUUCAAGCGUAUCGUACCGAAACGUAUCAAAAACAUUUUUAAAUUUCAAAAUUUAGUGAAUGUUGAUUGGUUAAUACGUCCGUAGUAUGCCAAAAAGUUGACUGGCGACAAAAAACACCGGAAAUACGUGGAUUUAUCAACCUUUUUUUAAUCUGCGCAUGAUCACCGGUACGGCCUUUCGAAGCUUCUUACUUAACAGUCUAUGUUUUCAUAGCUAAUAGCUUUAUGCAAAUCUCCAAUUUCUACCUGUUAAAAAAUUGAAAAUUAUAAUUACAAAUUCAUUUCCAAUAGUAUAUGCCAUAUAUUACGACUCUAUAUGACAAAAUAUUUAACAUUUUACCAAAAAUAAUCUCAUUUACAGUAAACCCAAAUGACAAAUAAUAUGAUACAAAAGUUUUCCCGCCAAAAGUGCCAAAUAAUGUUUUGGCUAAAAACGAUGCUAAAAUCGCCCGUUAAGAAAUAAAUAUUUUAUAGACCUGCUUGAAAAUGUCGAUUUUGACAAGUACCUGUAUUUCUAAACAAAACUAACACGAAUUUACAUUUAAAUUCAAUACUUGCCAUACUCAAACGUAAUAUACAUACACUAUAUAUAAAGCGUCCAUUUUCAUAACAUGUUUGCAAAAUUAAAUUUUAAAGUUACGAGUUAACCGGCGUAGCGUUUGUUUCCGACAAAAUACAUGUGACAUAUUCACAUAUAUGGUACUCUUUCUAAAUGGAACCUGUACAGGAAUUUCUAUCGAGGAUUUUAAUUCCCAAAGUCGAUUUUGGUUUCGUUUGGAAAGCUUUGGAAUGGGUUCGCAGUCGCUUUUGCAGGCAAGAUAUUUUACGCUACCAUCGGCAUUGCAUGGCUUAUCAGUUCCGCUAAUUUCCUUUGUCUUCGAAUAGCUUGUUAAGGCUUAUUUGGCAAAAUGGUUGGCCUAUAUGUACAAGCUUGUUUUGAGUGUCCUUAAACGCUUUAUCAACCUAGUAUUUUACCCUUAAGAAGUAAAAUUCUCUGGAGUUAGCCCGCGAGUCAUGAGUAAAAUAAUUGAGUCCCAUGCCUUGUUAGAAAAUAGUCCAUUAUUAUGCAGAUUGAAAUGAUUAAUUUGAGUUACCACUAACGGAUUAUUGGCAAAUUUGGACCGCUUUGAGAUAUACACAAUUUAGCGAGUACAGUAUACCUGUGGCUGUAUCAUAUAAAUGUAAUUACGCGUCGAUUAAUUGCCGUCUUCGACUUCAUAUUCAAAGUAUUACCGUAUACAAUAUUCAGCUCAUUUUUUGUCGAAGCUGUACACAUAGUUAGCCAAGAUCAUUUAGCUUUACAGCAAUUGUGAUAUCUUCUUUUCCAAUCUGAAAAUUUCGGAAUGAUAGGCUUACAGGAUGUACAUUUUUAAUAGGAUGUACAUUUAACAGGAUGUACAUUUCAAUAAUAAAUACUGUUGUUAAUAUGUGUCCUGUAAAACCUAAUAACGAUAAAAUUAUCUAACAAUAAACACACUAAAAUAGACUAUAAACUAUAUAGUAGCUAAGUAGUUACAUGACGUGCAGUUAAAAAUUUAUAGAAAAACAUAUGUGGUUAAAGGUUUUUCUACGUCUGGUAGAAAAUUCCUUAAUAUGUACUUGGUAAUUUAGUUUUCGACAACCUUCUGACUGUACUAAUUAUUUCUCGUUGCCGACUAUGAUUAAUUAAGUCAAAGUAGUUGUUAAAAUUUUCACAAAGAUUUCCUCUUAAUGGGUUAAAAACGAGGAUGUAGCACCGUCUAUUUCUGUAGCCUUCAAUUGACAACAUUUUAACAUCGAGCUUGUAAGUUUCUUUCGAUUUUCGAGGAAAAGCCUGGUCCGGAAGUUACUGAGUUAUAAUUAGCAAGUUUCUUUCGUAAUCUGUCUAUUCUUAACACAGUCAGUCAACUUUUCCUGAAACGAAUGCGUAAUCUCAUAGUCAGUUAUGGCCAUGCGUGAGCAUUUCACGCUCUUAUCUUAUAGGCUAUAAUAUCAAGAUGCAAAUUAGACAUGUAUUUUAUUACGAUUGUUUGUUCGUUUUCAGAGUUCUUCACUUACAAGAACAGGAACCAUCCCGUGAAGUGAAAGAACCUCCACCUGCCUUUCUCGAAGCGGAUUGGAAAGAGGUAAAAUGUACUACUAUACGCGUAAAAAUCUCACAUCUUGUAGCAAGUCUGCCAACAAGCCGUCAACAAGUUGUGUUCGCACUGCUUGUCCCAAGUUGUCAGCAAGACUGGUCUGUUAACAACUUG